AUGGCUGAGGAUCAAAUACUCCUUCCUACCACUGAAGAGAAAAACCUCAAGUCUUUUCCUGUAGAAAUAACACCAGUCAUCCCUUCUUCCACCACUGUUCAAAUAGAAAACCCUAAACCAGUUUCUCAUUCACCUUCCAUUCCCCUCUCUACUCCCUCUGACUCUACUCCUCCUCUAAGUGUUGAGAACUCAGACAACCCUAAGAAUGAAAGAUUUUCUCCCUUGUUGCCCGAGACACUCAAAGAACAGAGUAAAGAUGACAUUCCAGUUCCAGAGGAAAAGAGUAAGUCUCCAUCGACAGAAAAAGCUUCAUCGAUCAGUCCUGAAAGUGCUAUGGGUUGUAAGGAAAACUUUGAUCAGUCUACAGGUACUCCUAUCUAUUCUGUUGUUGCUCCUAUGGAACCUCAAGAGAGGGAUACCAUAGAAAAUAUAUUGGCUAUUGCUGCUGAGGGAAUUAUUGGAAAGGAAAAUUCUACUAUGCCUGAGUCUCAGGGGGAAGAGACUCAGUCCUUGGUGGGAGAAGAAGCAAUGGAAUCAUCUUCCCAUGUCAGUUUAGACCCUGCUCCUUCUCCUCACUUUGAUGCUGAGCCCUUGGAAGUAGUGGCUCCUGUUAUGAGGUCCAGUGAUGAAGAAGAUCAGGAUGAUGUUGCUCUGAGUGUUUUCAUUGCCGUAAGGAGGCCUGUAGCAACUCCUGAGACCCCUCCUAAGCGACCUACCAGAAGGUUGCAGAAAAAGGAGGCUUUUGAGUCUGCCCUAAAGAAGAGUAAGAGAAUUAACAGGAAGAAGAAGAAAAGGCUGGUGAAGAAUGGUGAAGUUGAUUGUGACAAGAAUAUCCCAGUUGUGGAAGUUGAUGAGGAAGCCAAAGAGGAACCAAGUUCCUUGAUUAGGAAGUCUCAGAAAAAGAAGCACUCUAGUGAGAGUACUUCAAAAGAGGCUGUUGGAACACCCAGUGAAAAGCCAGUAAAGGAUAAUGGCAAUUUGAAGGAAGUUAUGGUAGAAGAGUUGUAA